AUGGGUAUCCAUGGAUUGAUGUCCUACAUUGGAGAAAAUCAUCAAUUUUUUGAUAACAUAAAAUUGCAAAACACUAGAAUUAUAAUUGAUGGCAAUAACUUAUUUCAUAGACUUUACUUUGACUCUCAUUUGGAUUUUAAUUGUGGAGGAGAAUAUGAUUCAUUUACAGAUAUCAUCUGUAAGUUCUUUGGAGCUCUGUCACUUUGUAAUAUUUCACCAUAUGUGGUCUUUGAUGGUGGAUGUGACUAUACAGAUAAAAAAUUUGAAACAAUCAAACAACGUGCCAGGGAAAAGAUCCUAAAAGCACACUCCAUUUCAAGAGGCAGAGGAGGGACUGUGUUGCCGCUACUUGGCCCAGAAGUUUUUAAACAAGUCUUAGUGCAGUUGCAAGUACCAUUUGUCCAGAGCCAUUCUGAAGCAGACCGUGACAUUGUUGCUCUUGCCAAUCAAUGGAACUGCCCUGUCUUAACACUUGACAGUGACUUCUGCAUCUUCGAUCUGAAGGCUGGUUAUUGUCCCCUCAAUUAUUUCAAGUGGGAAGAAGUAACUAGUCUUAAAGAUAAUUCAGAAUCCUAUAUUUCAGCUCAGUGUUUCUCACUUGAAAAGUUCUGCAACCAUUUUAAUCACAUGAACAAAGCCCUUCUUCCACUCUUUGCAGUGCUGAAUGGUAAUGAUUAUAUUAACCUUCCUAUCCUGGAGAAUUUUUUCACCGGAAUACAUUUCCAUGCAAGGACUUCUUCAGCAGGAAGGAAGAAUGCACGAAUUCAAGGGCUUCUGUACUGGCUGGCUGAGUUUUCUGAGCCAGAAGAACCAAUUGAAAACAUUCUGAAGUCACUCAAGCAAAGAGACCGGGAGCAAGUCCGAGAAGUCCUGUGUUUUCAUAUGAAUGAGUAUUUUCAGUCAGAUGUGGAUCUUGCAACAUACUUUAAGGACAAAGAUAUGAGGCCUCAUGCUCCUACUGUCUUGGCUAGCAAAGCUCCAGAAUGGAUGUUAGCUGCUCUAUUGAAAGGAGAUUUGGCUCCAUUUCAUAGUGACUGCUUGACCUUGAGGAGAACAUUCCUGCAUCCUCAGGUGGAAAAUAUGCACAGGACCAGCAGUCACAGGUGUUCUUUGCCCAUUCGUCAGAUUAUCUAUGGUCUCCUGAGCACCAAUGAGACUUUUCUUGAUUCAGCAUCGGAUCUACCUACCAAAGCACCAGGAAAGGCCAGCCUUAAAGCUGAAGAACACAGCAAAGUACAUCACGUGCAGGAAUAUGAUAGACAUGACCUAACUCUGAAAAAAACUAACAUUCAAGCAGUGCUGAAGAAAUUCAAUUUAAAUGAAACACAUUCAUUGCAAAGGCUACCAGAAAUUUCUAUCCUGGAUAGAAGCUGUUUUCUUUUAGAAACUCUGGAGGUGAAAACUGACGUGCAGGCUUUGCCAGCCAGCCUGCACUUGACAGUUUAUAUUACCUGCUACUGGGUAAUUCAUGCUGAACCAAAAGUGACACUGCAUCAUCUUCAAGCUCUCCUGCUUUCUAUUGUAACUGGAGAAUUACAUAAAUUAAUAUGCAAAACAGGUAACAGUAAGUUGAUGGAGAAAGACAUCGGAAUUGUAUAUGAUAGGCUUUCCCAGCUGAGGCAAAGAGGGCAGAAGAUGGGAAAUCUGGACAUAGAUGUAGCUCAUGUCUUCUGUCAGUGGCAGAGUUGUCUUCUAAUGGGAAUCUAUUUAAAUCAACUCUUGUGUUGUCCUUUUCCAACACCAGAUAUUACACGACUCUAUAGUGGGACUUUAAUUCAUUGUUUCUAUGAAGAGCUGAAGUCAAUUUCUGCCGCAGAGGAUCUACUGGAAGGUUGCCUGGCUGCAAGUGAGAUAUACUCCAAACUCCUACACGCAGUGACUGCCACAGUACCAGCAGACUUUUUUAAGACGGGGAGAAAGUCCAAAUCUCACAGAAAACUGAAGAAAACAAACUAAUUGUAUCAUCAACAGACAAAGAUCAUCAAGGACUCCCUUGUAAUAAGAUAGAAUUGAAUCAAGAGAAUCAAAAAAUGACUUGGGAAUAAAAACAGGUAAGGCCUGAAAAAGGUAUACAAAUUUAGGCAAGAUAUUCAUUUUGAUAGAAUUAAUUUGAUUAAUCAACGAUAGAGUGGCGACCAAUUGGAUAGUGCCCUUUUCACAUAUUUCAUUAGGGUAAGAAAAUUUUCUUUAAAUAGGUGUUUAUAAUUCUUAGUAAUUGUUACACCCAAAUAGGUAAAUAGAAUUCUUUAGAAUUUUAAAAGGAAGGUUAGUAUUAAUUGGUACCAAAUUAUUUAAGGGAAAAAGUUCACUCUUAUGUAAAUUAAAUUUUUAUCCUGAAAACUGGCUGAAGUAGGAGAGUAAAGAAAGCGUAGAAGAUAACGAGGCCUCAACAUUAGAAAUAAAAAGCAAUAGAUCAUCAGCAUAAAACAGAACUUUGUGGGUAGUACCUUUCCUUAGAAUACCAGUGAUAUCAUUAGUGUUACAUACUCCGUAACGGGUUAAAAGGAUCAGCAGAAAUGGAACACACCUGGAGUCUAAGUCUUCUGUUAACAAACACUAUUUUAUUAGUAGCUACUUAAUAAAGUAAUAUGAAACAAGAUAAAGCAAACAGGUUAGCAGAGUUUGUGCAUAUAUAAGUGUGUAAAUAUAAACCCCAAACUUCUUCAAGCUUUGGUGGUAAAUGAUACAGUCUUACGAUGGUAUAGGUAUGAAGUCAGUUCAGUUCGUGAAAUUGAGGAGAGAGAGGUGAUUUGUUUUCCAAGUAAGCCGAUGCCAUCGAUUCUUCCACGCUGUCCUCUGAAGUCCUGUUAAAGUCAUCGACUGUGACCACACAAAAGGGUACUGUCUUCACGUGGUAAAGCUAUCAACCCAGGCAAGGGUUAAACACACUGAUAGCCUUCCACCAGUCACCCCUUUUCCACAUGGCAAGCGAAACACACCCUUCCUGGGCACUCAAAGCUCAUCCAGUGUCUAUUUGUUCCGUGUCUCCCGCGUGUCUAUCUGAAAAGCCAGCUGACCUUGUAUAUAUCCCAAACAUGCUGAAUGCCAGCUGUCCAUCAUAUAGCUCUGCCCUGUCGUAACCAUGGCAACUCAGGCUGUUUGAUUCUCUCUCUCUCUCUCUCUCUCUCUCUCUCUCUCUCUCUCUAUCUCUCUAUCUAUCCCCCUCUCCCUCUCCCUCCCCACCCCCCUCCCUCCCUCUUUUUAAAGGCACAGCCCAUAUUGAAUAAACCUUAGGAUCUUGUCACAUUAGAUUCUCGAAAAGCAAUAGCUAAGUGUUCUAAAGCCAGAUCAAAAAGCAAAGGACUUAAGGGACACCCUUGUCUGGUUCCAUGUUGGAGUUUAAAUGGAUUAGAAUUCUGAAAAUUAGUAAGCACCCGAGCAGAGGGAGAUAAGUACAGGUGGCCCCUUUUUUUUGAACGUUCGCUUUACAACAGCUCGCUGUUACGAGAGACAUACAUUAGUACCUGAUUUCGCUAGCCAAAGAGAAUUUUCGCUUUUACAAAAAAAAGAUGCCCACUUUAUACGUGUGUUUACCCUGAGAAAGUCUAGCAUGACCGUGUAUGUGCCAAUUUUUUUUCUUGCAAAUCGAUUUUGGCUCACUGUCUUCCCAAUUUUGGUAAGUGAAACUGCACUGUACAUGCAAUAUAUCUACUUUAUAUAGGCUGUAUAUUUAUCAUAUCAUUCCUGCUUUUACUAUAUGUUCCUGUUAUUUUAGGUUUUAUGGGUUAUUUGGUAGGUGAUUUUUUGGGUCUGGAAACACUCAAAAUUUUUUCCCAUAUAAAUUAAUGGUAAUUGCUUCUUCGCUUUACGACAUCUCAGCUUACAGACGGUUUCAUAGGAACACUCUACCUUAGGAUAGCAGGGGAGACGUGUAAAUUAAUUUGAUCCAAUGAAUAAAAUCAAGCCCAAAAUUAAAUUUUUCUGAAGUUUUAAAUAAGUAAUUCCAUUCAAACUGAUCAAAAGCCUUCUCCACAUCCAGAGAUAUGACACAUUCCGAUAUCUCCUUAGAAGGAGAAUACAUAACAUUUAAUAAAUGAGAUAUAUUAAAAUGGGAAUAUCGAUUUUUAAUAAAUCCAGUCUGAUCAUGAGAUAUGAUAGAUGGUAAAAUAUUUUCAAGCCUACGAGCCAAAACUUUGGAUAGGAUUUUAGUAUCUACGUUAGGCAAAGAGAUUGGUUCAUAUAAAGAGCUUUCAGUUGGGUUCUUAUAUUUUUUUAAGAAUCAGCGAGAUGGAAGCUUCAUAAAAAGACUGUGGCAACCUAUGCAAAUUAAAGGAAUCUGAAAAGAUAGAACAUAAAUUAAGUAUAAGCAAUGAGGAAGAAGCCUUGUAAAGUUCUCCAGAAAAUCCAUCUGGACCUGGAGUCUUCCCAGAAUGCAAUGAGCAUACAGCCUUGGCAAUUUCCUCAUAAGAAAUAGGUUGAUCCAACUGCUUUCAAUUAGCAGCAGAAAGUACAGGAGUAUUUAAUUGGUCUAAAAAAUUAUUCAUUACAGUAUUAUCUUUAGAAGAGUCAGAACUAUGAAGUUCAGAAUAAAAUUCUCUAAAGGUGUCAUUUAUUUCUGAAUGGUCAGUUGUCAUAUCACCAUUGGCUUUACAAAUUUCUUUAAUUUGCCGUUUAGCUAUAAAAGUUUUUAAUUGGUUAGCCAGUAAUUUAUCUGUUUUGUCUCCAUGAAUAUAGAAUUGAUUUUUAUCUUUUAAGAGUUGACUUUCAAUUGGAUACGUUAAAAGAAGAUCAUAUUUAGUUUGGAUUUCAACACGUCUUUUGUAUAACGCAGGAUCUGGAGCCAAGGCGUAUUUUUGGUCUAAUUGUUUCAACUGAUUAGCUAAAUCAAUUCUCUCUUUUUUAGCUUUUUUCUUAAUACUUGUAGUAUAAGAAAUAAUUGGUCCUCUAAUAUAAGCUUUGAAAGUCUCUUCCAGCAUAUUUUCUUCAGAAAAAAGAAUAAAUUGUUUCUCCAGAAACUUUAAGAAAUCCUUAUCAGAUAGCGAAGUUGAAUUAAAAUGCCAAAAUCUAUUUAUUUGAAGGAGACCAGGGAGGUUUAAAGAUAAAAUCAUAGGGGUAUG